AUGGAUGUUCUGUCGAUCAUAAAGCGUAAUGGUUCCUACUUGUGGGAAUAUGUUCAGGAUAUUAUUGAAGAACCGAAACGACAACGUCGGUUGAUCAUGAUUAUUGUUUGUGUUGCAUUGCUACUUGAUAAUAUGUUGUACAUGGUCAUUGUACCGAUUAUACCAGAUUAUUUACGAAGUAUUGGUGCGUGGACACCGCGUAGUAAUGCGUCAAAUUCAUCAAUAAAUGUGAAUGAUGAUGAUGACAGCGAAGAUGUUGCAGUUGGAACAUUAUUCGGUUCAAAAGCUAUCGUUCAAUUAAUUGUUAAUCCAUUUAGUGGUGCAUUUAUAGAUCGAAUAGGAUAUGAUAUACCAAUGUGUAUCGGUUUAGUUGUCAUAUUUCUCUCAACGUCAACAUUUGCUUUUGGCAAAUCAUAUGGUCUUUUGUUUCUGGCACGUUCAAUGCAAGGUGUUGGCUCGGCAUUCGCUGAUACAGCAGGUUUAGCAAUGAUUGCUGAUCGUUAUCAGGAUGAAUCGGGGCGUAGUAGAGCACUUGGAAUUGCUCUAGCUUUCAUUUCUUUUGGUAGUUUAGUGGCACCACCAUUUGGAGGUAUAUUAUAUGAAUUUUUUGGUAAACGUGUCCCAUUCAUUGUACUGGCCAUGAUUGCAUUAUUGGACGGUGCACUGCUAUUUAUUGUUAUGCGUCCAACACGCCUUGCUGAUGCAUUUCAUUAUUCCCAUCGCAAUGCAAUAAACAAGCCUAAAGGUACACCCAUUUGGCGAUUAUUGGUCGAUCCAUACAUAGCCGUAUGUGCCGGAGCAUUGGCAAUGGCCAAUGUUAGUCUAGCAUUUUUAGAGCCAACAAUUUCAAUAUGGAUGCGUGAUCAAAUGCAAUCAACCGAAUGGCAAAUGGGUUUAAUAUGGUUACCAGGUUUUAUUCCACAUGUAUCGGGUGUUUAUUUAACAGUAAAAUUAAAUGAACGUUAUCCACAAUAUCAAUGGUUAUUAGCUGCUGUUGGUCUAUCAUUACAAGGCAUCAUGUGUAUAUUUAUACCAUUUUGUAAAGGUUUUGGUUCGUUGAUGAUUCCAAUCUGUGGCAUUUGUUUUGGUAUUGCUCUAGUUGACACCGCUCUGUUGCCAACAUUAGCUUAUUUAGUCGAUGUACGACAUACAUCAGUAUAUGGUAGUGUUUAUGCCAUUGCUGAUAUAUCCUAUUCACUUGCCUAUGCCAUGGGACCUAUUGUUGCAGGAAGCAUCGUUUAUGCAACGAAUUUUUUGACAUUGAAUAUUCUGAUAUUUCUUAGUAAUAUUGCCUAUGCACCCGUACUUUACAUAUUGAGAAAUUUUUAUCAGUAUAAACCAAUGGAAAAUACCGAACUCAAUAAUUUCGCACAUAAUGAGGUAAAUAAUGUUGAUUCAAAAUAUAGUACAACCUAUCAGGGUUCAUCGUAUACAAAUAAUGAUAACGUUGUCAUCAAUCCAAAUCCGUCGCCAUGGUUUGCAGGUAGUAGUGGUGGAUCAUCAUCAUCACAAUUUCAAACACAAUUUCCACAAUUAAAUGUAGGUCAACAUGGAACCGUUCAGUAUAUUAAACAGACAAAAGGUUCUCAUAGAGACACAGCGAAUUUAAUCGAUCAUAUGGAAGAAGAUCACUACUAG